UGUGUGUGUUUAGGGUCAUUUGCAGAUAACACAGCAAGGGUAGGCUGAGCAAAAAGCAAUUUUCUGAGCCGAGUCCUCAUUCCCUGUCUUCCAGCCCCCCAUGCCAAAGCAGAGGCUUCUGAUCAAGGGCGGAAGAGUUGUGAAUGAUGACCAAUCUGUGGAGGCUGAUGUGUAUGUGGAAGAAGGAGUGGUGCAGGAUGUGGGACCAAACCUAAAUCCCAAGCCUCCCAGUGGCCUCACCGUGCUGGAUGCGACCAACAAGCUGGUGAUCCCUGGGGGCAUCGAUACACACACGCACUUGCAAUUCCCUUUCAUGGGCACCACAUCAAAAGAUGACUUCUAUACAGGAACAAAGGCUGCUGUAGCAGGAGGCACCACUAUGAUCAUUGACUUUGCCAUUCCUCAGAGAGGCUGCUCUCUUAUUGAAGCUUUUAAUAAAUGGAAAAGCUGGGCAGACCCUAAGGUUUGCUGUGAUUAUGCACUGCAUGUGGCUGUUACCUGGUGGAGCGACAAGGUGAAGGAGGAAAUGAAAAGUCUUGUUCAAGACAGAGGUGUCAAUUCCUUCAAGAUGUUUAUGGCCUAUAAAGAUUUAUACAUGCUUAGUGAUGAUGAAUUGUACUCAGCUUUCUCCUGCUGUAAGGAACUUGGAACAAUUGCUCAAGUUCAUGCGGAGAAUGGGGAGCUAAUAGCACAGAACACGAAGAAGUUGCUGGCAAUGGGGAUAACUGGUCCUGAGGGUCAUGCUUUGUCACAUAGUGAAGAUGUGGAAGCUGAAGCUACGCAUAGAGCAAUUAUCAUAGCAAAUACCAUAAACUGCCCCCUUUAUGUAGUCCAUGUGAUGAGUAAGUCUUCAGCAAGGAUGAUAACCAAUGCACGAAAUGAAGGAAAGGUGGUUUACGGGGAGCCUAUUGCUGCUGGUCUUGGCAUCGAUGGUACCAACUACUGGAAUGAAGACUGGGCUCAUGCUGCAGCACAUGUGAUGUCACCUCCACUCAGUCCAGAUCCUUCUACUCCGGAUUUCCUCAUGAACUUACUGGCCAAUGAUGACCUGUCUGUGGUAGGGACUGACAACUGCACUUUUGACACAUGCCAGAAAGCUCUUGGAAAGGAUGAUUUCACCAAAAUCCCUAAUGGACUGAAUGGAGUGGAAGACAGGAUGUCAGUAGUGUGGGAAAAAGGCGUUUACAGUGGAAAAAUGGACGAAAACAGAUUUGUAGCUGUUACCAGCACAAAUGCAGCAAAGAUCUUUAACCUUUAUCCGAAGAAGGGAAGAAUUGCUGUGGGUUCUGAUGCAGAUAUCGUAAUUUGGGAUCCUGAAGCUACAAGGACAAUAUCUGCAAAGACACAUCACCAGGCCAACAACUUCAAUGUGUUUGAAGGAAUGGUCUGUCAUGGAGUCCCUGUUGCAACAAUUUCAAGAGGCAAAGUGGUUUAUCAUGACGGAGUUUUCAAUGUCACAGCAGGACAAGGCAAAUACGUCUCUCGUCCGCCAUUUCCUCCAUAUGUCUAUGAACGAGUCAAGCAGCGGGAGGAGGUCUGUCAGCCAAUUCCUGUUAAGAGAGAACCAUAUGCAGGCGUGGUCUCAGCAACACCUGUCACACCAAGCUAACAGCUGCAAUCCUCAGGUUUGCUUCCUAUAAAAGCAGAUGAAAAUGACCCUGAUGUCUCCACUGAAGAAGUGCACAUUUAGUUCAAAACCAGCUUCUCAAGAGCCAAUGUGAAACAACUGCAACCAAUAAACAUUAUACUGCGCUUCCUGCAUAAAA